CACCUGCACCCCUGCCCGCACCCUGCACGGAGGGAGAGGACCCCCGAAUCCGCACCUCACGUCAGAGGCUGUCCACUGAGCAGCGGUGAUGACGCCCACCUUGACCUGGCUCUUGCUCCUCUCGGGCCUCCAGGGCCUUUGGGCGCAGGACUACUUUGAGGAGAGGACGGUGGGAAGGAAGAACAAGAACAAACAGCUGACCACAAACAUUAUACAGAAGCAUGAUGGCCAAGCCAUCCUGGACGAGGACUGUGGCCUGGAGCUGGCGUUUCUGGUGGACAGCUCCGAGAGCGCCAAGGACAACCACGAGCAGGAGAAGCGGUUCACCAUGGACGUGGUGGACCGUCUCCCGAGCAUCCGGCUGAAGACCGGGCGUCGGCUGAGCUGGAAGGUGGCCCUGCUGCAAUACAGCAGCCAUGUGGUGGUAGAGCAGACCUUCAAGCAGUGGAGGGGCAUGGACAACUUCAAGGCCCGCGUGGCACCCAUGGCCUACAUCGGCCACGGCACUUACACCACCUACGCCAUCACCAACCUCACCCGGAUCUACCUGGAGGAGUCGGGCCCGGCGGGCAUCAAGAUGGCCAUCCUGCUGACGGACGGGGUGUCCCACCCCAGGAACCCUGACAUAUUCUCCGCCACCGCCGACGCCAAGAACCAGGGGGUGCGGUUCUUUACUGUCGGCAUCACCCCCACGGCCAACGAGCCAACCAACGUGGCCCAGCUGCGCCUGCUGGCCAGCUCCCCUGCCUCCCGCUACGUCCACAACCUACAGGACACCAACAUCGUGGAGAAGGUCAUCAAGGAGAUUGGAGAGGUAGCUGAUGAAGGAUGUCCCCUGGCCCAGAGAUGUGCCUGUGAGAAGGGAGAGAGAGGACCCAGCGGCCCGGCGGGGAAAAAAGGUCGCCCAGGUGAAGAUGGAGCCCCGGGUGCUAAAGGGCAGAAGGGAGAGAGUGGGCUGAGUGGACUUCCAGGUCGGGAGGGGGCAGAGGGAAAACCUGGCUACAAAGGCGAGAAGGGUGAGAGAGGAGAAUGUGGCACUCCGGGAAUUAAAGGAGACAGGGGUCCAGAGGGUCCAGUUGGUACAAGAGGAACCAGAGGACUACAGGGAUUGCCUGGGCCACAGGGUGAUACUGGGCCAGAGGGUCCGCCUGGAAAAAAGGGAGAACGCGGUCCUUCAGGGCCACCUGGAAUCCAAGGAGAAACAGGCAUUGGGCUUCCUGGACCAAAGGGUGACGUUGGUUUCCAGGGGCGACCGGGUCCUCCCGGCCCGCCAGGGAUUGGUGAGCCAGGCCAGCCCGGGCCUCAAGGGCCACAGGGGGUUCAAGGAGAGAAAGGGCCUCAAGGAGAGGGGUUUCCAGGGCCAAAGGGGGACCGGGGGCUGGAGGGACCAAGGGGACCCAGAGGACAGGCGGGAGUUGGAAUCAAAGGAGAGAAGGGGGAGUUUGGGCCCCCAGGGUUUCCAGGACCCACUGGCCUGCCAGGCGUGGGGAUUCAGGGGGAGAAGGGUGUGGAGGGGCCUCGGGGCCCACCAGGAAUCAGGGGGCCACCAGGAGAAGGUCUCCCAGGGCCCAAGGGCGAUCAAGGUUUACCAGGAGAACUUGGAGCUCCAGGAGAGAGAGGGGUCGGUGAACCAGGACCAAAGGGAGAGCCGGGGGCAGCUGGUUUGGCCGGCCUACCUGGUUUACCUGGAGAGGACGGCGCUCCAGGACAGAAGGGUGAACCAGGUGCAGCAGGUCUGAGAGGAUCAGAGGGCCCAGCCGGAGUUGGCACCCAGGGUGAGAAGGGCGAUCAGGGCCAGAGGGGUAUCCGCGGAUUACCUGGGCCUCCUGGGAUAGCUGGGCCCUCUGGCGCAAAGGGGGAACCCGGAACACCAGGCCGACUCGGUCUUCCUGGCCUGCCGGGUCGUGCCAUUGCGGGACCAAAGGGUGAUCUUGGCCCAGCGGGUCCACCGGGGCCUAUAGGAGAGACAGGGUAUGGGCUACCUGGUCCAAAGGGUGAUCGUGGAGGCCCAGGCCCACCUGGCCAGUCAGGGCCUAAAGGUGACGGCUUCCCAGGGCCAGUUGGUCCUCCAGGACUCCCAGGCCUUCCUGGAGAACAGGGUCCAGAGGGAGUGGGCAUCCCAGGACCAAAAGGGGACGUCGGCUUCAGGGGUCUGCCAGGUUUGCCUGGCCCGCCAGGGGAAGGCCUUCAAGGACCACCGGGAGCAAUAGGACGACCAGGACCACCCGGACCGGUGGGGCCACCAGGGGAAGGCCUUCAGGGUCCCAAGGGCGAGCAAGGAUCCCAGGGUGUGACAGGGCCCAGGGGACCAUCAGGGGAAGGUCUGCCAGGACCUAAGGGUGACCGGGGCUUGCAGGGCGAGCGGGGAUUGAAGGGACUGAAGGGUGAAUCUGGAGACCCAGGAGUUCCCGGCCAAUCGGGAAGGCCAGGAGUCAAAGGUGAAGCAGGUCUCACGAGAGAAGACAUCAUUAAGUUGAUAAAGGAAAUUUGCGGGUGUGGUAUCAAAUGCAAAGAGAGGCCCAUGGAGCUGGUGUUCGUCAUCGACAGCUCGGAGAGUGUGGGGCCCGAAAACUUCGAAAUCAUCAAGGACUUUGUGACGGCGCUGGUGGACCGGGUGACGGUGGGCAGGAACGCCACCCGGAUCGGGCUGGUGCUCUACAGCCUGGACGUCCACAUGGAGUUCAACCUGGCCCGCUACGUGACCAAGCAGGACGUGAAGCAGGCCAUCAGGAAGAUGCCCUACAUGGGCGAGGGCACCUACACGGGCACGGCCAUCCGCAAGGCCACGCAGGAGGCGUUCUACAGCGCCCGCGUUGGUGUGAGGAAGGUGGCCAUCGUCAUCACCGACGGGCAGACCGACAAGCGCGAGCCCGUCAAGCUGGACAUCGCCGUGCGGGAGGCCCACGCCGCCAACAUCGAAAUGUACGCCCUGGGGAUCGUCAACACCUCCGACCCCACACAGGCCGAGUUCCUGCGGGAGCUCAACCUGAUCGCCUCCGACCCCGACAGCGAGCACAUGUACCUCAUCGAUGACUUCAACACCCUGCCAGCACUGGAGUCUAAACUUGUCAGCCAGUUCUGUGAGGAUGAGAACGGAGCCCUGAUCUACAACCGCAUCACAAAUGGCUAUGGCAACAAUGGCUAUGGCAACAACGGCUACGGCAACAAUGGCUUUGGGAAUGUCAGAUACGGGACGACCUACAAUGAGGGGGCUUUGGAUGACAGACGUUUCAACACCCACAGUCAGAGUCAUGGCAGGGGAGACAGCCUGCCACUCCCUGUCAGACCUGACCCUAUCCUGGUUGAAGAGGUAGAGGAGGACUACGAUGAAGGUGAGGACUUGAUCAUAAAGACCCCUGUGCGGGGUAGCAGCCAUGUGGUUGUGGUGAGCAAGCCUGUCACGCCGUCUCCUCCAGUCAUCUCCGUGAGAGAGCCUUCAUCCAAUGCGUCAAAAUCGUCAUCUUCAUCCUCAUCAUCGACGUCAUCAUCAAACGCCUCUUCAACAGUCCGGGUUCAGCCAGCACCACGCCCUAGUUUGCCUCAAGAGCUUGCACCCCUGGACCCACGCUGCAGUCUGACCCUGGACCAGGGCCCCUGCCGCGAGUACGAUAUCCGCUGGUACUACGACAAACUGGCCAACUCCUGUGCUCAGUUCUGGUACGGAGGCUGCGACGGGAACAAGAACCGUUUCGAAACGGAGGAGGAGUGCAAAAAGACCUGCGUGCUCUCCAGAGCAGCAAGCUAAAAUGGACUCAAGAAUAAUACUGCCUUUAAACCUCAGCGAUUUUCCAU